AUGGGCUUUGAAGAUCGCUGCAUCAACUUCCUGUUGAUUCUCGCAAACGUUACUGGGCUGCUAUAUGUCAAUGUCCGAACCUCCAAAUUCUACAAGGCUCCAGACCAUUGUGAAUCCUACACGAUCGCAUACAUGAGACGAAAGAGGGCUGAGGGACAAGACAUGCAGAAUGCAGAGCACGGACGAGAAGAAGGCCGAUGGGAGAACUUGAUGGAAUACAGACUCCGUACCUAUCAAAUAUUGGAACAAAUAAUGAGAAAUGGGCCAUUACUACUGGGUAUGAGACCCGAAGUUUGAGAAAUUGAACCUCCCUUUAUGCUCUCAUUUCCGUCUGGUCUCACAUAUAGACACAGAAUUGCCAGGAAACUAUUCAAGGGUUGUAGUUGGACCGGGGCCAUGA